CUAUAUAUAUUCUUCUCAUUUUCAUCACCUCUUCACAACUAAAUUCCAAUUCCUCUUCUUCAAUUCCAAUAACUCCUAAUUUUCUACUACUAUGCCUUCAAUAAUUUCAUCAGAAAAACAACUCGAUUUGUACUCGAUUAAAGAAUUACCCGAAUCACAUGCAUGGAGAUCCUCGUUAGACGAUGAUGGAUCGCGUAAUAUUAAUGUGGAGUCUAUUCCAGUAAUCGAUCUAAACGAUGAUAAAUUUGCUAUCGAUAGAAUUGGCCAUGCAUGCAAAACAUGGGGCGCGUUCCAAAUUAUAAACCACAAUAUUUCUCAACGAUUACUUAACGAUAUGGAAACGUGCGGGACUCGACUAUUUUCCCUUCCGAUGCAGCAAAAAUUAAAAGCAGCUCGAUCGUCCGAUGGCAUCGCUGGCUAUGGGGUUGCUCGAAUUUCUUCUUUUUUCUCUAAGCUCAUGUGGUCCGAAGGAUUCACAAUUUUUGGCUCCCCUCUUGAACAUGCCCGCCAACUUUGGCCACACAAUUACAAUAAAUUUUGUGACGUCAUCGAAGAGUACGAAAAUGAAAUGGAAAAGCUAGCGGGAAGACUAAUGGGUUUAAUGCUUGGGUCCCUUGGAAUAACAAAAGAAGAUGUGAAAUGGGCCGUUGGCCCAAGAAGCGGUUGUUCGGCCCUACAACUAAAUUCUUACCCGGCUUGUCCGGAUCCGGAUCGGGCUAUGGGUCUUGCUGCACAUACGGAUUCUACCAUAUUAACAAUCCUUCACCAAAACAAUACAAGUGGUUUACAAGUAUUUAGAGAAGGAAACGGGUGGGUAACGGUUCCUCCGCUUUGCGGGGCGUUAGUUAUCAACGUGGGUGAUUUGUUACACAUAUUGUCAAACGGGUUGUACCCGAGUGUUCUACAUCGGGCGGUUGUGAACAGGACAAGACAUCGUCUUUCGGUGGCCUAUCUAUAUGGGCCACCGUCAGGGGUGAAAAUUUCACCUCUAUCGAAAUUGGUAGAUCAAAGGAACCCUCCAAUGUAUAGGCCAGUGACGUGGAGUGAGUAUUUGGGAACUAAGGCAAAACAUUUCGACAAGGCACUUUCAUCUGUUCGGCUCUGCGCUCCUCGUAUUGGAUUUGCCAAUUCUAAAGAUCAAAGUGGUGUCCAAGUAGGCUAAUAUAACUACAAGUCCCCACUUUUUU